UAGAGGCGUUGCGAAACCGAACGCAGCAACUAUAUCACGCGCUAUCAUGCACUAUACCAUGGUUGACCAUGGUAUGGGACCACGUAAGUGUGUCGAGGGCCUGUCAUGUGUCAAAUUAUCCAUUUCGCAUUCGAAAAACGCGCAUUCCUCGACAGCUUUGUGAACAAUUCGACGUGAUCGUUUUGAGAUCGUUUAAGAUAUCCGCGCGACGGAUCGGAUAGACUCCAUUUUUAAGGCCCAAACUAGUCUUACAAAACGUACUUGGGCCCUGCAGCUGCUUCGGGAAUUGGAAUGCGAGAUCAACAUGGAGAAGGUGGCGGAUAGAUCGAUAUUGCUCGGUGAUGUCACGCACGGUCGCUGACUCGUCCUGUCCUCUGGCAUCCUGUUAACGGAGCAUGGAAUGGACGGAUCAUGCCCGCUUUUCUUUCCCAGUUUCGGGGAGCAGAAGACCGGCUCUGAGCAAGGAGGAGGCUACUCGUCGCAGAAGAUCAGCGUAUAUCGGCCAGGUGCGGACGCCAUCGAUUUGGGCUAUCACACUCUCGAUAACAAUGCCUGCCGCACUGCGUCGUCAUCGUCCCUGUCUACGCCGAGCGUGCUGUGCACGCCGAUUCGCCAGCAGCAGCAACAGCAACAACCGCCGCCGCAGCACCAUUUGAUUCACCAUACCGCGGUCAACGACCUGUGUCAACUCGAUGACAAUCUGCUGCUGAGAAUCUUCAGCUGGCUCGAUACUCGUGACCGUUGCUCCCUAGCGCAGACAUGCCGGCGUCUCUGGGAGAUCGCGUGGCACCCGGCGCUCUGGCGAGAAGUUGAAGUGCGAUAUCCGCAAAAUGCCACCGCGGCUCUUAACGCGCUCACACGUCGCGGAUGCCACACGUGUAUUCGUCGUCUGGUUCUGGAAGGUGCCACCGGACUGCCUGGUAUUUUCGCUCAGUUGCAGUACCUCAAUUUAACUUCAUUGGUGCUGCGACACUCGCGUCGCGUUACCGACGCCAAUGUCACCGCCGUGUUGGACAGCUGCGCCCAUCUCAGGGAACUCGAUCUAACGGGUUGUCCCAACGUCACUCGUGCCUGCGGUCGCACCACCACCCUGCAACUGCAGUCGCUCGAUCUCAGCGACUGCCACGGAAUCGAGGAUUCCGGUUUGGUGCUCAGCGUGUCGCGUAUGCCGCAUCUGGGAUGUCUCUAUCUGCGUAGAUGCGCUCGCAUCACCGACGCCAGUCUGGUCGCGAUCGCUUCGUAUUGCGCGAGUCUGCGUCAGCUGUCGGUAUCGGACUGCGUGAAGGUAACGGAUUUCGGAGUGCGCGAGCUGGCGGCGCGCCUCGGCCCGUCACUCCGCUACUUCUCCGUGGGCAAAUGCGACCGCGUGUCCGACGCCGGCUUGCUGGUCGUCGCUCGUCACUGCUACAAACUGCGCUAUCUGAACGCCCGCGGUUGCGAAGCGCUCAGCGACAGCGCGACCAUCGCCUUGGCGCGCGGUUGUCCGCGUAUGCGCGCCCUCGACAUCGGCAAGUGCGACAUCGGCGACGCGACUCUCGAGGCUCUCUCCACCGGCUGUCCCAACCUAAAAAAGCUAUCCCUGUGCGGAUGCGAGAGAGUCACCGACGCCGGCCUCGAAGCGCUGGCCUACUACGUGCGCGGCUUGCGCCAGCUCAACAUAGGCGAGUGUUCGAGAGUCACGUGGGUCGGUUACCGCGCUGUCAAACGCUAUUGCCGACGUUGCGUCAUAGAACAUACUAACCCCGGGUUUUCCAGCUGAUUCCAACUCGGCCUACCGCCAUUGAUGGUCUUAAUUAGUGAUGUGAGGGAUUAUUAUUCUAGAAAUAUACACUCUCUGAGAUGAUAGAAUAUUCUGAGACUAUUUUCCGUCUCUCAAAAAAGGAUAGAAAAUAUUCUUAAAAUAUUCCAUCCACCUCACAUCACUAGUCUCAAGUGCCAGAAUGUAAUAUAGCAAAAGUAUAGGGAAUUUUGUAAACCUAAUUUUUUUUUAAUUCAAAUUUAUCGCUCGAUAAAUAUUACCUUUUUUUUAUAUACAUAUUAGCGGGAGAGAAACGAUGUAGAGUAAGAUCUAUUAAUUUGAGUAUCGCUUGUAAUCUAUUUAUUAACAAAUUUUAUUACUCGCAAAUAUAUAAAUUUGUAAAAAGAUUUCUUGUUUUCUACGAUUGGUUGUAAAAAAAUUUAUAUACAUAUGUUAUAUAUAUAUAUAUACAUGUAAUCUCCAGUUUCAAAACUCAUGUGUGCUAUUUAUUGUUUUUGUAAUUUAUUGUAAUAACAAUGCGACACAUUAAAUAUUUUCAUAUCUCUGUAAA